UUACGAGUAGGAGACCAGUAUGGAUGGGGCUGGUGGAAGGGGCAGAGGUCAUCGCAGAGGUAAAGCCAGGGGUCAGUGGGCACAGUUCUCACAGGCAGCUAGUGGUGCUGUCCCAAAACAACAAGCAAGCCCACAUGCUGCUUCUUUGGUGCCUUCUCAGGUGUUACCGCCGGGUCGGGCACAAGAAAGAGCGAGUUCUGUAGGACGUGCAUGCACUCUCAGCAGAGGCCAGACUUCUUCCCCUGUGAGAACUCAGCAACUGGGACCACCUCAACAACCUGCAGUAAGUAGAGCUGCUUAUCAAGUUGCAGAAAAAAAUGUAGACACAAGACAGGGGAGGCAGCGGCCUGCUGUUGAGGAACUUGUACAGUCCGUAGGAGCUGUUAAGCUGGAAGCUGGUGGUGGUGAUGGUGUAGAGGAAAUUACUGCUCAUUCUGUUGGACGUGGUACGAUGCGUGGCAGGAGGGAGAGCCGUCAGAUUGUUUGGACUAAACCACAGACUGUGGAAGAAAAGAAAGGCAUGGCUGGUAAAAGCAUUCAGUUGAUAGCGAACUACUUCAUUUUGAACAAAGCGCAUUCCUGGAAAUUGUGUUUAUAUCAUGUUUACUAUAGCCCUGAUGAAGACCGGACUAGAGAGAGGAAGCAACUUCUUCGACAGCAUCGUGAACUAUUGGGUGCUAAUUACCUCUUCGAUGGCAUGUUGCUUUACCUGGCAUAUAAGCUUGGAAAUGAGGUAACAAAGCUCGUCUCUAAACGAGAAUCUGAUGGAUCAGUUUACCAACUAAAAAUCAAGUUCAUUAAAGAGGUAAGCAGCAUGGAGACGCAGUUUGAGCAGAUACUGAACACUAUUCUCCGUCGAUGUCAAGAAUUCCUUGGUCUUCAGUUGAUUGGUCGCAACUAUUACAACCCAAAGGCUGCGUCAAGGGAAGAGAGACACAAGAUUUCUAUAUGGCCCGGAUUUUCUACAAGCAUCCGGCAACAUGAAGAUUCCAUUCUCUUGAAUGCUGAUGUCUUACACAAAUUUCUUCGGACAGAGACUGCAUAUGAACUCAUAGAGCGGUGUAAAUACAAUAUGAAAAAGGAAGUUGACAAACUACUCCUGGGAGCCAUUGUAAUGACAACUUACAAUGAUAAAACAUACAGAGUAGAUGAUGUGGACUGGAAUCUGACUCCAUCAUCAAAAUUUCCUUACAGGGGAGAUGAGAUUUCCUACAUAGAUUAUUAUCAAAAGAAUUACCAAGUUAGGAUCAAAGAUGUAAAGCAGCCAAUGCUCAUGUCAAAACCUAAGAAGAGAGAUUUAAGAAGAGGUUUAGGAAAUAUUUACCUUGUGCCAGAAUUGUGUGCUCUGACAGGACUGACAGACAUCAUGAAGUCAGACUUUAAUAUGAUGAAGGAUCUAAGUAAGUACAUGCGGAUGGGUCCUGAUAAACGCGUCGAAGCAUUGCAGCGUUUCAACCAGGACCUCUCUUCUAAUGCUAAGGUGAUGCAGGAGAUGGAGCAUUGGGGUCUGAAUCUCUCACCAUCCUUGAUACGAAUUCAAGGACGUAUAUUGCCAGAAGAACAAAUUCUCCAAGAUGGCAGAAGUAUUUGUUACAACCAACAAACAUCAGAUUGGUCCAAAGAGCUUCGUAGUCUGAAGUUCAAUUUACCUGUUGGACUUGACAAUUGGGCAGUUGUUUUCCCACUGAAGUUCGCUACUGAUGCACGUGAGUUGUUGUCCAGUGUACAACGUGUUGGAGCACCCAUGGGAAUGAUGAUUAAGAAUCCAGCUAUGUUUGGUUUGCAAGGUGAUAGUGUUCAUGAGUAUAUCGGUGUGUUCAAUCAAUGUGUAGGAAAGCAGCUUGUGUUGAUACUUCUAUCAAACAACCGUGCUGAUCGAUAUAAUGCUGUGAAGCGUCACCUCUCCAUUAAAAUGGGCAUCGCCAGUCAGUGCAUUCUAAGCCGGACAUUAUUAAAGAAACAACGCCUGAUGUCUGUUGCAACAAAGGUAGCAAUUCAAAUAAACUGCAAGCUGGGUGGUGAACCUUGGAAUAUUGCAAUUCCUCUUAAAAAUGCUAUGGUUAUUGGAUAUGAUACUUACCAUGAUAAAGCUACAAGAGGACAGUCAUAUGGUGCAGUUGUGUCUUCUACAAAUCAGACAUGGACACAAUACCUAUCACAAGUAUCAUGCCAUAGCAGUCAGGAGGAACUUACAAAUAAUUUUGCUGCAGGUAUAAGAAAUGCCAUCAAUCGUUAUAAAGUGCAGAAUGGCUUCCAACCAAGGAUGAUUGUGGUGUACCGUGAUGGGGUUGGUGAAGGACAAAUUGAGUUUGUCAAGGAACAUGAAAUUUCUGCUGUUAAGCGGAGCUUUCAACAAUUAUAUGAGACACCUCCAAAGUUUGCCUUCAUAAUAGUGACCAAGAGGAUCAACACUCGUUUCUUUGUUGAGAAUAGAAGAGGUAUUAUUAACACACCUCCAGGGACUGUAGUUGAUGAUGUCAUCACUUUUCCAGAAAGAAAUAUACGCAAAUAG